AUGAGUUCAUCAACAACAAGUGGAAUUAAUUCUUCAAUAUCAUCUCGAAAUACAUCUCGAUUAAGUGCAACUUCAUCUGAACAAUUAUCUAUAGCUUUUAUAAAACGAGUUCUUACACCAAAAGCAACUUGGACUCAUAAGGAAGAAUUUCUUGAUGCUGUUUAUUGGCUUCGACAAGUGUUAAGCAUUAUUCUUGGUAUUACUCUUGGUUUAUUAUCUGUUAAAGGUUUUAUGGGUAUUCUAAUAUUUGGUAUUAUUAGUUCAUUAAUUAUUUUUAUCUAUGCAACCAGUGUGCAAAAUGUUGAUCCAGAAGAAUAUGGUGGAAUUGUUGAAAUAAUCAAAGAAGGUUUUAUGACUGCAUUUGCAACAUUUCUUGUUUCUUGGAUUGUACUCUAUUCUGCAUUUUACACUUCAAAAUCAACUAUACCUACAAUAUAA